AUGGUGGUGCCAGCAAUGGAGGAGGCGCAAGGCACGAUCAGGUCCCUGAUAAAACGCCGCGUACAGGCGACCACGACGUGCUUCGCCUUCGCUCCGCCGCAGACGACGACGACGUCCAGCAGAAAUCCGAGCGGGGGCGGCGAUCCCGGGUUCGCGGUGCGCCUGACGUGCCGCGUGACCAUGUACAUCCGCGCCGGCCACGGGCAAACGGUGCGCUCGUACCGCGGCGGCGCCGGCGCCGAAGCGAGCUGCCUCGCCGUCCCGGACGACGAGGACGGCGUCCGCGACGCGCUCCGCGGCAUGCUGAGGUCGGUCCGGGCGCUGCAGGACCUGGGCCUCACCGACGGCGAGUGGGAGUCCAUCGUGCCCGAGGACGUGGUGCCCAAGCUCGCGGACCCGCAGGAGCGGGCGCGCCACGGCGCCGCCGAGGUCGACCUGGCGGUGGUCCAGCACGUGCGCUUCGACCCGGCCACGGUGCUCAUGACGGGGUGCAAGAAGAUCGGCGACGAAGAAGAGGAGGGCGGCGUCGACGACGUCGAGUGCUCCGUCUGCUUCGACGCGCUGCUGCGCGGGGAGGCCGUGGAGCUGCCGGGGUGUGCGCACGCCUUCCACCGCCGGUGCAUCUCCAAGUGGUUCCGUCGGAAUCCGACGUGCCCGCUGUGCCGAGGCGACGUGGUGAAGCAUCUGGACCCCGAGCUUCAGAAGCAGAUCGCCGAGUUCACCGAGGACGCAAUGUGA